AAGUUCUAACAAAUACUUUUGUGUGUUCAUUGAGUGAGAGAAAAUGGAGAGAGAACAAGGAGCUACUCUUACCCAUAUUGUUGUACUCCCUUACCCUUUACAAGGUCACAUAAACCCAAUGCUCAAAUUCUCCAAACGCUUAGCCACAAAGGGUCUCAAGGUGACCCUACUCACCCCCAAGUCCAUUGUCGAGUCCAUGAAAGGCCAAGCCACCUCAGUCACAUUUGAGCCCAUUGAUGAUGAUGACGACUCUGGGGAGCUUAUAGCAGCAGAAACAAUGGAAGCGUAUGACGAGCGCUUUAAAGCCAUAUUUUCACAUGGUUUAGGAGGCCUUAUUGAGAAAAAUAAGAGCUAUGGAUAUGCUACUAAAUUAGUUGUCUAUGAUUGCAUUUUGCCAUGGGCAGUAGACAUAGCAAAACAACAUGGUAUUGGUGCAGCUCCGUUUUUAACUCAAUCAUGCACAAUUGCUGCCAUCUAUUACAACUUGUAUCAGGAGAGAUUUACGCUUCCUCUUCAAGAGCCUGAAGUGUUAUUGCCUUCACUACCGCUGCUAAGGAUGGAUGACAUGCCGUCCUUCAUUUCCCAGCCGGCAUCAUACCCAUUUAUACUAAGAGUUUGCCUGGAAAUGUUCCAUAAUUUCCAUGAAGUGAAUUGGGCAUUUUGUAACUCAUUUGAUAAGUUGGAAGAGGAGGUGGUGAGCUGGAUUUCAAGCCAAUGGCCAAUCAAGAACAUAGGACCAACAAUUCCAUCAAUGUACUUAGACAAGAGGUGGAAGGACGACAAAAAUUACGAUCUGAGCCUCUUCAAACCAAGUGUUGAUGCUUGCAUGAAAUGGCUGGACUCGAAGGAUACUGGCACAGUUGUUUAUGUAUCUUUUGGAAGCAUGGCUGCCUUAGGAGAAGAGCAAAUGGAAGAACUGGCAUUGGGCCUAAAGAGGAGUAAUAGGUAUUUCUUGUGGGUAGUUAGAGAGUCAGAGACAAAGAAACUUCCUACAAAAUUUAUAGAGGAGACAACUGAGAGAAGUUUGGUGGUGACAUGGUGCCCUCAAUUAGAAGUUUUGUCUCAUAAGGCUGUCGGCUGCUUCAUGACUCACUGUGGUUGGAACUCGACGCUCGAAGCACUAAGCUUGGGUGUGCCGAUGGUGGUCAUGCCACAAUGGAGUGACCAAGCCACCAACUCCAAGUGUGUCAUGGAUGUGUGGAAGGUCGGAAUUAGGGUUAAGGUAGACAACAAAGGAAUGGUCACAAGAGAAGAAAUUGAAUUAUGUAUUAAUGAAGUUAUGGGAGAAAAAAGGAAGGAGAUGAAAAGGAAUGCAUUGAAAUGGAAGAAAUUAGCUACUGAGGCUUUGGAUGAAGGUGGAAGCUCUGAUAAGAACAUCGAGGAGUUUGUGGCAAAAAUUGUACAAAUUUGAUGUUAUGUAAAACAAGGUCAUUGUUGGAAACCAUGAAAGAUGGCUUCUCAAUAUUCAUGUAGGUUUACAUCACUCGUAUUCAUUUAAUGUUGUGUUUUGAUUAAUGAAAAAAA